AUGCGACACCUACUGCCCUACCUCUGGCUUAAAAACAACCGGAAGUUCAAUGCCUGUAUGGGUCUCCGGAUUGCCAUCGUCGUCGCAGGGCGGUACCUGAACGUACAGAUCCCGAAACAGGUCGGCAAGAUUGUAAACCACCUCACAACUGGAUCGCAUAAAAUUCCGUGGAAAUCCGUCGUCCAAUGGGUCUGCUUUAAUCUUCUCUCGAGCGACUUCGGUCUCGAUGGGAUCGAGAAUUUGGCGAGCACAUACACGGCGGGUGCUUCAUACCAAGAACUAGCGGUGUUCCUCUUCAACUUUAUCCUGAAUCUUGGGAUGCGUUUUCAUUCCAAGAAAAACACUGGGGAAAUCAUAAAAUGUCUCGAUCAGGCUCAGCUACUCACUCAGGUGGUCGACCUUGUUCUCUUCCAAAUCUUCCCCGUGGUCGGCGAUCUGAUCAACACCAUGGUGUACAUAGCGUCCGAUUUUGGCGCACACCUGAUGAUUUCGCUAUUAUGCAUGGUUAUAAUCUAUGUCUGGCUCAGUGUCUCUCUCGCAGUUUGGAUCAAUCCAAAGCGCCGCGCCUUGGCAGAGGCAGAGCGCGCGACGACUUCGAUCGCAACAGAAACAAUAUCAAACUAUCGAAUCGUGUCUUAUUUUGGCAAGGAAGCAUAUGAGCGGGACCAAUAUACCAAAGCCAUCAAAACCAAUGUCGAUGCGCGGUACCGCUGCAUGUUUCGCGUAUACAUUGGAAAAGCCCUCCAGGAUAUCGUUGUAACUGCCGGAUACUUUCUGGUUGCUAUCUUUGUCCUUUGGCACGUUGUGUCCGACGAGAAGCCCGUUGGGGAUUUUGUGCGCUUCUUAAUGCACUGGGAAAACAUACGAAAGCCUCUUAAAAUCAUCAAGCGGUCAUGGGACAAUAUAACGGCCUCGAUUACUAUCGCCGAAAAAUCCGUUGAGUUACUCAAUACAAGGCCUUCCGUAGUUGAAACUGAACAUGCAGAGGAACUUUCCAAUGGUCCUGGCGAGGUUAUAUUUAACGACGUCACAUUCGAACAUAUCGACGGCAAACAUACCCUCCAAGGCGUAAGCUUCGUAGCCAAACCAGGCGAGACAAUUGCUAUCGUGGGCGAAAGUGGCAGUGGAAAGUCUACAAUUGGGGACCUCCUCUAUCGACAAUACGAUGUUACAGCAGGAUCAAUCACCAUAGAUGGCCAAGAUAUCCGCUCCGUAAGGCCAGAUAGCCUAAGAGAGGCCCUUGGAUUAGUGCCUCAAGAUUGCGGCCUGUUCAACACCUCCAUCUUCGAAAACGUCCGGUAUGGGCGCUCUGGUGCCAACAAGGACGAGGUUAAGGAAGCCUGCAAAGCGGCCGCUAUCCAUGACAAAAUAAUGUCCCUUCCAGGGGGCUACAGCUUUAAGGUUGGUGAGAAGGGGAACCUAUUGUCAGGUGGCGAACGUCAACGCAUCGCCAUCGCCCGCCUUCUACUCAAGGACCCCAAGAUUGUGAUUUUGGAUGAACCCACCUCCGCAGUUGAUGCCAAAACUGAGGCCCAGGUCCAAGAGAUGUUUGAGCACCGUUUCGCCAACCGCACGACAUUUGUGGUAGCGCAUCGUCUCUCCACCAUUGUACGAGCCGACAAAAUAUUGGUUAUGUCGAAGGAUGGCAGGAUAAUUGAGCAAGGAAAGCAUGAGGAGUUGUUGCAGAAUCCUGAAGGAAAGUAUACUGGGUUAUGGUCUCAGCAGAUAUCUUAG